AUGGCUUCAGGAAACUGCACAGCACCAACCACAUUCAUUCUGUCUGGAUUGACAGACAAUCCAAGGCUGCAGAUGCCUCUCCUCGUGGUGUUUUUAGCCAUCUACAUCACCACUUUGAUGACAAAUCUGGGUCUCACUGCAUUAAUCAGCAUAGACAUCCAGCUUCAAACACCAAUGUAUAUUUUCCUGCAAAAUCUAUCAUUCACAGAUGCUGCUUAUUCUACAGUCAUCAUUCCCAAAAUGUUGGCCACGUUUUUGGAAGAAACAAAAACAAUUUCAUAUGGAGGUUGCAUUCUGCAGUACUUUAGCUUUGUUUUGUUGUCAAUCUCAGAGUGCCUGCUGCUAGCUGUGAUGGCAUAUGACCGGUAUGUGGCCAUCUGUAAACCUCUGCUUUAUACUGUCAUCAUGACCAAGGCAGUCUGCUGGGGGCUGGUGAAAGGUUUGUACUUCUUGGCCUUCCUCAACUCUCUGAUGCACACCAGUGGCUUGCUAAAACUAUCCUUUUGCUCUUCAAAUGUGGUAAACCAUUUCUUCUGUGAUAUCAGCCCACUCUUCCUGAUUUCUUCUUCCAGUACCGCUCUCAAUGAGCUGCUGGUUUUCAUUUUUGGCAGCUUGUUUAUGGUGAUCAAUAUAAUUUCCACCCUUAUCUCAUAUAUUUUCAUUAUUCUGACUGUGCUGAGGAUUCGCUCCAAGGAGAGCAAAUACAAAGCUUCCACCUGCACCUCUCACCUGAUGGCUGUCUCUUUGUUCCAUGGAACCUUC